UCUCUUCUACGUCCUCCUACGUUCAACGUUCCUCCUCCUCCUUGUCUCCCUCGACCUUCUCCUCGACUUCCCCAUCUUGCUCAUAGUAUUUGCCAACCCCCUCAAACCAACCAAUUUAAACGAACAGCGUUCCACGCAUUCACACUCGUUCAUUAUAUCCUCGUUCAAUUAUAACAAUGUUCUUCGCUGCCGUCCUUCUUGCUUCCUCCGCGCUCGCCGCGACCACCACCUUCAGCUGCUCGCGGAACUACACCAUCGUUGCCGGGGACACGUGCGAUGGGAUCUCCCGCGCGGUCGGCGCCUCCACCUACCAGCUGGCGAUGCUCAACCCGACGAUCGACGAUGCCUGCUCCAACCUCCAGAUCGGGCAGCCGCUCUGCCUCGGCCUUACGGACGGCUCGGACUGCACGACGACGUACACUGUCGCUGGGGGUGAUUCGUGCGACGCGAUCACCAACCAGUUCGCGAUCAACAGCACCCUCUUGUUCCUCAACAACCCCCAGAUUGACUCGGCUUGCGAUAACAUUUACGUCGGCGAGGUCCUUUGCGUCGGCAACCAGCUGUUCACUCUCCCUGCCGCGUUCACCCAGAAUGGAGGCCUCAACGCUCCCUCGAUCGGUGCUCCCGUACCCGGGGGUCAACUAACCAGCUCCAUCGGCCCCCUCAGCAGUGCCAUUCCUGCGGGCAACGUCGCCGGCGCACCUACCAGCAGCCCGGGCGUGACGGCCAACCCAGCGCCUACGCCCAGCUCCAGCUCCAGCACUUCAUCCACCCCUACCAGCUCCUCCGCUGCCCCUACACCGACGGACGACGGCGAUGAUGAAUGCGAGGACGACGAGAAUGAUGACUAAGUGUCUUCCUGUCUCUUUCUCAGCAUGGUGUUUUGCAUCUUCUUCCUCAUGUUCUCAUCCAACCAGCGCGAGUCGCUCGAUACCCUGGAAGCGUUUACGCUUUUUUCUUGACCCUCCCCCUGUCCUAUCGAAUCCUAUCCUAUCAGUUCAUUUACAAGCAUAGCAUUCCGCCUGCAUUUGCAUUGCACGCAUUUUCGAACCUCCAAAGGAGUGAACUCUUCUUCCCUGGCGGAUCGUCCCCUACCCUCUCCCCCCUAUCCAUCGGGUCCAUUAGCCCAAAAGCGCCUUCCUGUCCUUGACUAUGUUUGAAGUGUGAAAGGUAGAGCUUUUGGUGUUUUGGAUAAACUUGUUAUAUUUGAUGUUGUUGAUGCC